AAUACACUGCACUCUUAUACAUAGGACCCAUAAUACACUGCACCCCAACACAUAGGACCCAUAAUACACUGCACCCUUAUACAUAGGACCCAUAAUACAUUGCACCCCGAUACAUAGGACCCAUAAUACACUGCACCCCAACACAUAGCACCCAUAAUACACUGCACUCUUAUACAUAGGACCCAUAAUACACUGCACCCCAACACAUAGGACCCAUAAUACAUAGCACCCAUAAUAUACUGCACCCCAACACAUAGCACCCAUAAUACAUAGCACCCAUAAUAUACUGCACCCCAACACAUAGCACCCAUAAUACAUAGCACCCAUAAUACACUGCACCCCGAUACAUAGGAACCAUAAUACAUAGCACCCACAAUAUACUGCACCCCAACACAUAGCACCCAUAAUAUACUGCACCCAUAAUACAUAGCACCCAUAAUACACUGCACCCCGAUACAUAGCACCCAUAAUACACAGCACUCCGAUACAUAGCACCCAUAAUACACUGCACCCCGAUACAUAGGAACUAUAAUACACUGCACCCCAACACAUAGCACCCAUAAUACACUGCACCCCAAUACAUAGCACCCAUAAUACACUGCACCCCAACACAGCACCCAUAAUACAUAGCACCCCGAUACAUAGGAACCAUAAUACACUGCACCCUGAUACAUAGGAACUAUAAUACACUGCACCCCAACACAUAGCACCCAUAAUACAUAGCACCCCGCUACAUAGGAACUAUAAUACACUGCACCCAUAAUAAAUAGCACCCCGAUACAUAGCACCCAUGAUACACUGCACCCCGAUACAUAGCACCCAUGAUACACUGCACCCCAACACAUAGCACCCAUAAUACAUUGCACCCCAACACAUAGCACCCAUAAUACAUUGCACCCCAACACAUAGCACCCAUAAUACAUUGCACCCCAACACACAGCACCCAUUAUAUACUGCACCCCAACACAUAGCACCCAUAAUACACUGCACCCAUAAUAUACUGCACCCCAACACAUAGCACCCAUAAUACAAAGCACCCAUAAUAUACUGCACCCAUAAUAUACUGCACCCAUAAUAUACUGCACCCAUAACACAAAGCACCCAUAAUAUACUGCACCCAUAAUACACUGCACCCAUAAUAUACUGCACCCAACACAUAGCACCCAUAAUAUACUGCACCCCGAUACAUAGCACCCAUAAUACACUGCACCCAUAAUAAAAAGCACCCAUAAUAUACUGCACCCCAACACAUAGGACCCUAAUACAUAGCACCCACAAUACAUAGCACCCAUAAUACACUGCACCCACAAUAGAUAGGACCCACUGCACCCCAAUACACCUCAUAGACCCACAGGUACACUGCACCCCAAUAUAAACUGCACCCCAAUAUAAACUGCACCCCAAUACACCUCAUAGACCCCCAGGUACACUGCACCCCUAUAUACACUGCACCCCUAUAUACACUGCACCCCAAUAUACACCACACCCCAAUACACCUCAUAGACCCCCAGGUACACUGCACCCCAAUAUACACUGCACCCCAAUAUACACUGCACCUCAAUAUACACUGCACCCCAAUAUACACCACACCCCAAUACACCUCAUAGACCCCCAGGUACACUGCACCCCAAUAUACACUGCACCCCAAUAUACACUGCACCCCAAUAUAAACUGCACCCCAAUACACCUCAUAGACCCCCAGUUACACUGCACCCCUAUAUACACUGCACCCCAAUAUACACUGCACCCCAAUAUAAACUGCACCCCAAUACACCUCAUAGACCCCCAGUUACACUGCACCCCUAUAUACACUGCACCCCAAUAUACACCACACCCCAAUACACCUCAUAGACCCCCAGGUACACUGCACCCCAAUAUACACUGCACCCCAAUAUAAACUGCACCCCAAUACACCUCAUAGACCCCCAGGUACACUGCACCCCUAUAUACACUGCACCCCAAUAUACACCACACCCCAAUACACCUCAUAGACCCCCAGGUACACUGCACCCCUAUAUAUUCUGCACCCCAAAUAUACACUGCACCUCAUUGACCGCCCCAAUUCACCCUGCCCCCCACAUACCUAUCCCAGUACCCUCUGCCCGGUGGGUGCCAUGAGGUGCCCGGCUCCCAUGUGAUCCGCCGCCGCCGCCGCUCUUGGGGGUCUUGCUCUGCCAGCAUGGAGGAGUGGAGGCAGUGCGGCCGCUGGCUGAUAGACUGUAAGGUGCUGCCCCCCGAUCACCGGGUGGUGUGGCCCUCUGCGGUGGUCUUUGAUUUGGCGCAGGCUCUCCGCGAUGGCGUCCUGCUGUGCCAGCUGCUCCAUAACCUGUCACCGGGAUCCAUAGACCUCAAGGACAUAAACUUCAGGCCUCAGAUGUCACAGUUUUUGUGUCUGAAGAACAUCCGCACCUUCCUCAGGGUCUGCCAUGAUAAGUUCGGAUUACGGAACUGCGACCUCUUUGACCCCUUUGAUCUCUUCGAUGUUCGAGAUUUCGGGAAGGUCAUCUCCGCGCUCUCCAAGAUCUCUCUUCAUGUCAUCGCCCAGAACAAAGGAAUACGAUCGUUCCCGUCAGAAGACACAACGGAGAAUGAGGACGACGUGUACCGGAGCCUGGAGGAGCUCGCCGAUGAGCAUGAUUUGGGGGAGAACGACACGUACGAUGUUCCCUGCGAGGAGGACGACAUUUACGAAGACAUCAUCAAGGUGGAGAAUCAACAACCCAUGAUUCGGUACAUGCAGAUGGGAAUGACAGAAGACGACAAGAGGAACUGCUGCCUGCUGGAGAUCCGGGAGACGGAGGACCGCUACUACCACACGCUGGAGGAGAUCCGACUGAAUUACAUGUUACCCCUCAAGCUGAUCCUGCCCCCCGCGGAGAUCACCGUCAUCUUCAUCAACCUGGAGGAGCUUAUAAAGGUUCACUUCAACUUCCUGCGGACCAUCGAGCUGUCCAUUAUGUCCGGCGGCAGCAGCAUCGGCCAAGUCUUCCUGGACUACAAGGAGAG